CAAUGGGCAGCAAGUCUGAGCAGCGCCUGGACUACGUGCUGGUGCCUCUGGGCCUGGCGGUGAUGGUGGGGUACCACCUGUGGCUCCUCCUCCGUAUCCGGCGACGCCCGGCCACCACCGUCAUCGGCAUCAACGCCAUCAACCGCCGCAUCUGGGUGCGCCACAUCAUGGAGGACCCCUCGGGGAAGCACGCCGUGCUAGCGGUGCAGACGAUGCGCAACGCCAUCAUGGCCUCCUCCGUGCUCGCCUCCGUCGCCAUCACCCUCAGCUCCCUCGUCGCCGCCCUCAUGGCCAGCGGCGCCGCCCACGGCCUCUUUUCCGGCACCGCCAGCCCCGCCCACAACAACAGCAAGGACAACAUCGUGUUGGGCGCGGCGGGGGAGGCGGCGCUGUCCGUCAAGUUCCUGGCCAUCCUCGUCUGCUUCCUGGUGGCGUUCCUCCUCAACGUGCAGUCCAUCCGGUACUACAGCCACACAGGCAUCCUCGUCAACGUGCCGCUCCAGGCGCACCGCCUCCGCCGCCCCCGCCUCGCCAUCGACUACGUCACCUCCACACUCAACCGCGGCAGCUACUUCUGGUCGCUCGGCGUCCGCGCAUUCUACUUUUCAUGCCCGGUGUUCCUCUGGCUCUUCGGACCCAUCCCCAUGUUCGCCGCAUGCGUCGCCAUGGUCUGCACGCUCUACUUCCUCGACGUCUACAAGGAGUGGGACAGGGCGGAGGAGGGCGACGGGCUCGUCGUCGAGGAUGGCGAAGGUGGCCGCGAGGAGGAAGGAGGGACCAAGAUGGCUACCAGUGCGGUCUGAGGGACUGAGACCAGCACCCCGGCCGGCGAUCUUGACGGUUCAACUUCUCGUUAAAUUUAGAUCCAUGGUUAGGAUUGCUGUGAGAAAAAUAAAUAGACCGAUAGCUAGGAUUUACUGGUGAUGCGUACGGUGUUGUACCAGCAAUUAUGGACGAAUCAACCUGGGCUUGGGUGGUUAGACGAUGCUGGCCCAGUCUCUUGAAAGUGCUCAUAGAGAUAUGAUGUACUAUACAUGUGUGCGUUCAUAAGAGUGAAUGUAUGCGUGUAUGUAUAAGCGCUUGCGUUUGUACUGUGUCAAAAA